GCUGGAUUUCUGAAAACUGCCAUAACAGUAUAUUGAUUUUUUUACAUAUUCGGAAUCAGCAUCGAAAACUGAGUCGAUUCAUGAAUGUUUCGAAUCUUUUCACGAACUUUUUCUUUCGCCGAAAAAUUCACCCCUGGUCCUCCUAUGAGGAAGAGAUCAAAAAAUAAAGUCAGUCAAAAAGUCACUUGGACAACGGAAAUCGAGUUCGGAACUUCUAAAAUGCUAGUAGAACAUAAAAUGGCAAAAGAAUAAACAAUAAAAACGGAGUUUUGGCAGCCUUCAUUUUUUGACCUACCCUUCAUGGAGACCAGGGGUGAAUUUUUCGACGAAAAAAAAAGUUCGUGAAAAGAUUCGAAACAUACGUGAUUCGACUCAGUUUUCAAUGCGGAUUCCGAAUAAUACAAAAAAAAUCAAUAGACUGUUAUGGCAGUUUUCAGAAAUCCAGCAUGGUUUUUCAGAAAUUCUCUAAAAAACCGAUCUUCGAAUGGUUUCUCAGAAAAGAUUUUGCUUAUGAAAAUAUGCUUCUAGAUCUUGGCUAUCCAACACUGAAAACCGCCGGUCUCUAUCUUGUUCCUAUCAAAAGUUAUUCAAAAAGCAUCUGACUGCCUUGAAUUCUGGCGCCGAUAGUAGUUCGAACUGACCGUUUAAGUUACUAUUAUUUUUCAGGCAGCGGUCAUUGCAUGGACAUCUGAAUUUAUACCGAAAUUGACCUACAAAAUAAUAGAAGGAAAAGGAACAAGUCUAGAUGGUUAUGUUAAUUGGACACUUUCCUCGUUUUCUAUCAGUGAUUACAAUAAAACAGGCACUCUGAAUCCAAAUAUUCCAUCAAAUUUGACUUACUGUCGUUAUCGUGAUUUUCGAGAAUCAACUGGUCCUAAUUAUGAUCACACAUCACUCUAUUGGCAUACUAUUUCUGCUCGUCUAGCUUUUAUGAUCAUUUUUGAAAAUGUUAUCUAUCUAAUUGUUUAUUUGGUUCAAUUGAUGGUUUCCGAUGUAUCAAGUCAAGUUCAAGAAGGUAUCGAUCGGCAACGUUAUGGCGAACAGUCUCAUCAAGAUUCGUCUCCCAAGAAUCCGUCUGCAGUGGAAGAAGCGAUUCAAAUAAUGAAAACAAAAAGCGAAGCGACAGAAAAGUAA